UGCCAGGUAGUUUCUGAAGACAAAGUAAAGACAGCGAGCCGCAGAGAGCAGCCGCCUGCUGCCGGAAACAGCAAGGUUCAGCAGGUCUAGAGUUAUCGUUACAUGAAUUCAGACUGUUUUCUCAUUGGUAUCCAGAGAAGAACCAUUUGUCUCCUUUGUGCUGCACCUUGAGUCUGUACAGUCCACACAUGGCCUCGGUGGAGCGUAAGCAGGAAAAGCACGAACCCUUCUACCUUGGCUAUGGCAGUAAGAGACAGACAAGUGCAGAGAUAGUGACAGAAGCCCGGCAUUCUCUCAGGACUCUUCGGACACAACGACCCUUCACCCCACGAGAGGAGCACCGGCAGCUUUUUGAAGGGUCAGCCCACACAUGUGAUGGAAGACCACCAUCUUCAUUCAGCCUUCAUGCUAGGAAUUUCGAGGCUCCUGAUUCUAGGCCAAGUUCAGGGACCCGCCUCUCGCCUUUGGAACAUAAGCCCAGGUUACCACUUUCACUGGAUGAAGACUACAGUGAAGUUGAUAAAGGUGUCCCCAAACCUCCAGUUGAGUGUAUGGACAAAAGAGGUUCGGGAGGUGCUCGGACAAGGCUCGUCAGAGCAAGAUCGCUUACACUGGUGCCAUCUAUGACUCAACACUCAAAUGAACCACAAACCGAGGUUGUUGAUGAGCCUACCUUGAGUAUAAAGCCAUCUCAGCAAGUGCACACAGAGUCCUUGUGUUCCAGUUACAAACAAGAAAGGACAGAGAAAUCCUCAAAAAUCCUCAUACACACACCAGCCAAACAUAGUGGCAGUCCAUGGCCCAGCAGUGCUGAUUUAUCUCAAACAAAAGAAACAAAACCAGAUGCUGAGCAUGGCUGCAGAGACAGUGCAGGAAGUGAUGCCACUGAUGAAUCUGUCUUCUGGACCUCAGAAGUGCUUCCUAUUCUGCAGAUGUUUGAGUCUGUUGCUCCAGGAGGAAUCGUGCCAAAGGAGACUAUUGAGCGUCUUUGUGAUGCCUGCGCCAGUCUCCAUUGCGUCCUGGCAGAGAAAGGCAUGCUGGGAAGGCAUUUUAAAAAAAGGUCCUCCAUUCUCCGGGCACUGUUUCGACUGAUCGAUUUGGGAUCAGACGAGCUAAACCUAACCCUAGCUAAAACAAUACUUGCACUUAAUGUCAGUGGAAACAACUUGCUAAACAUUUGCAAGCUCGUCUUUAAAAUUAGUCGGAAUUCCAGAAAUGACUUCCUGUUCCAGGACAACCCUGUUAUAGAUUCUGUCCUCUCACUGAUACGGUGUGAGGAUCUUAAUAGCAGUGGAGAGACUGUGCUGUACUGCAUGGGCUCCCUAAAGCUCCUCUCAGGGAACCGCACCAUCGCCAAGCUGCUCCUAGCUAAAGACUUUAUUGCAAUCUCACUCCGACUCUCUCAGCGACUUCUUCAUUUAACAGACCCUAAAGCUUUCCUCAAUGAUCAUCACACAUUAGCAGGACAGGGCCAGCAUGCUAUCACAGUACAUAUACUGGGACAGGUGACAGCAGCACUGCGAAAUAUGGCCGACUUGUCUGAGUCCCGCUCUUCCUUUUUGUCCAACGAUAUCUUCUCCAUAUUGUGUGCCGUUAUGGAUCAUCACCAAGAAGACCAAGACAUCUGCCUUAAUGGAGCCAGGAUAUUUAGCAAACUGUCAUCCUAUGCUGAGUGCUGCUAUGCGCUAACCGAGACUUUGAGCAGCUACAGGUUAUUUUUAGUCCUGUUGUGCAAACAUAGCAGGAAACAGGCAUUGGUGGUGCGUCUCCUGUUCACAUUAGGAAACCUGGCAGCAAGGAGCAAUGAUGCCAGAGAGAGAGUGUAUAAGGAGGAAAACUCCAUCAACAUUCUCUUAGAGCUUUUCCAGAGCUAUCUGCACACCCUUAAGAAUCCUCCGCAUGAGGAUGAGGACAUCCUGAUAAAGCUGAUUCGAGUGUUGGCCAACCUGUCCAUUCACCCCACUGUAGGCAUGGCACUGGCAGCCAAUACACUGUGUGUGCAGCUGCUACUGAAAGUGAUGGAGGUCAGGUCUGUGGAGGAGAGUGCCGAAUUAGUAAUAAACGCUUCAACCACGAUCAACAACUUGUCAUACUACCAAGGAGAGAGUUCUGUCGUCCGCAUCCGGCACACACAUGUCUCUGAGCUGUUGCUGAGGCUGUUAUUAAGCUCAAAUAUGGAUGCAGUGUUAGAGGCUACACGUGUGUUCGGGAAUCUCUCUCAGAUCGAAGAAGUACAGCAUUUUAUCAUUAGGAACAAAGUGCACCAGUUUGUGCUGGCUCUGCUGGAUUCCAAGAAUCCCCACGUGUGCUUCUCAGCAUGCGGUGUCCUCACAAACCUCUGUGUGGAUCCCAAGAACAGAACCAUAAUAAACAAGGAAGGAGCCAUCCACAAGUUGAUAGCUUGUCUGAGGGACUUUGGGCCUCAGGACUGGCUUUUGGCUACACAGGUGUGCCAGACGCUGUGGAACUGCACUGAAGACCGACAGCACGAGUAUGCACAAGAGCUGCUGGAGAUACUUAAUUUCUAUUCAGACCAGAAGGCUUUGCAGUGGUCCUCAAAUGAUGAUAUAAAGGCUUACCAGGAGACAUGCUGGGAGCUGGAGUUUUUACCGGUUGCCAAGAGGCUGAAGAAACGCAUGGAAAGAUACGUAAAGAUCCUAGAACCUGUCAGUGAGCUUUCCUGAUCAAGCAUUCCUGAAGUGUGGAAGAAGAAGAAAUAAUCCAGGGAAAAAAAAGAAGAAGAAUAUUUACCAAAAUUCAGGUAAUACAAAAG